AUGGCAGAAAUUGCAAUCACGAGUGUUAUCAACAAGGUUGUAGAUAUAUCUGCCGCCCUGCUUGUCCAAGAAGGCUCUCGAUUAAAUCAGUUGCAAGAAAACAUCAAUUGGAUUGAAAGGGAAUUGAGAAACAUUCAAUCUUACAUGGAGGAUGCAGAGGCCAGGAAAUCUGAAAGCCAUGGUGUAGCAAAUUUGAUAAAGGACAUCGAAGACCUUGCUAGUGAUGUGGAGGACAUAUUGUUCAUGUUUCUUCCGCAAAUAGAAUCACACAGAUCAAGCAGCUUAAUCAGAAAUGCCGCCUGCACUUUAUGUUAUGUCCGCACUUGCCAUAGUUUUGCUGUGGAGAUUGAGAAAAUCAAGCAACGAGUUAAUGAAAUUGAUCGCGCCAGAAGAAUAUAUGGCAUUGAGGAUACUAAUGGUAGCAUGUUCAACAGGUUUCAGUUGGAUCCCAGAGGUUCCUCUCUUCAUGUUAAUGAACCCAUCAUCGUCGGUUUUGACAGACAAGUGGAAGAACUGAAGGCAAGGCUGUUAAGCACAAGUGUGGAGUGCUGUUUCAUCUCAAUUGUGGGUAUGCCAGGUUUAGGAAAGACCACUCUUGCAAAGAAAAUCUUUAACAGUGUGAAAGAAAAUUUUGAAUGUUCUGCUUUGGUUUAUGUUUCUCAAGAGCCAAGUAUUGUAGAUAUUUUGAAAAAUGUGGCGGAACAAGUUGGCUUGGAGAAUGAAAAGCAGGAGAAGAAGUUGGAGGCCAAUUUGUGUGCAUUUCUACAGGAAAAAAGGUUUGUAAUUUUCUUCGAUGAUAUCUGGCAUCCUGAAACAUGGGAUGCUUUAAGACUUGGUAUACCUACUGAUUCUCAGAAUGGUAGUAGAAUAAUUAUUACUUCUCGAAAUACAGGUGUUGGAAGGUACCUUGGUAAUGAAAGCUCUUUACAUGUUAUAGAACCCUUAGACUUCGAAAAUAGUUGGCAACUUUUCACCAAAUUGAUAGCGUCCUCUGAGACAAAAACUAAUUACCUACUAGGAUCGGAACACAUUGGCAAACAGAUAGUUGAAAGAUGUGGUGGUGUGCCACUAGCCAUUGUGGUCACAGUAGGAAUGUUGCGGGAGAGAGAGACGAGUGACAUUGAAUGGAAUUGGGUACUUAAUAACAUAGGCCAUGAUGAUCAAGGUAAAUGUUCAAAAAUCUUAGCCUUGAGUUACAAGGAUUUACCGGCUGCACUAAAACCCUGCUUUCUCUUCUUGGGACUUUACCCUGAGGACCAUGAAAUUCUAGCAACGCAGCUGAUACAUAUGUGGACAGCUGAGAAGUUCCUGCAAGGUAUAGGCGAUCUGGAGCCCGAGGAUGUCGGAGAGGAGUACAUCAAGAAACUAGUUGCUAGAAACUUAAUCCAAGUUGUUAGUAGAAGAUUUGAUGGAAGGAUAAGAAGUUGCAGAAUCCAUGAUCUUUUGCACAGCCUUUGCAUUAACAUGGCCAAAGACAGCAAUUUUUUUCACACUCUUGACUCUGUGAAUUCAAGUUUUGCAAUGAGAGUGCGCAGACUUGUCACUCGCCACCAUAGCAUUAAAGAGUACAUUGCUUUAAAUCUCAGGACUCCUAAACUUCGUGCAUUUUUCUCUUUCAACAAUUUUGAGAAAAUCCAACAGAAACAUCUCAAAAGUUUUCUUUCAGACUUCAGAAUAUUAGGAGUGCUGAGUCUAGAAUUCGGUUUAUUUGAUUUGUGCCUUCCAAAUGAAAUUGGAAAUCUGAGCCAAUUGACUUACUUCUGCCUAAAAGGGUUACAUUCUGCAAAAGUGCCACGCACUCUAUGCAAACUUAGAAAUUUGCAGACCUUUGAUGUUCAAGAAUGUGUGUCUGUAAACCUUCCUAUGUGUAUUUGGAAAAUAAAACAGUUGAGACACAUUCUCCUAUGUGACAUUGUCAGAUAUUCAUCAUUUACUUGGGGAUGUAUGUCUAAACCUGCAAAACUAAAUCACUUGUUUGAAGUGUCUUUACCUUAUCUCCAAACUCUAGUUGGGAUUGAUGGCAACAGCUUGAAUCCUAUCUGGCUGCGCAAAUUCCCAAAUUUAAGGAAAUUGGAAGUGAGAUGUUGUCCGCGAGGAAUCAUAGAGGAAUUAUCCCAUGCAGAGCCGAUAUCAAAGAAACUGGAGAACCUGAGGAUACUGUCAUCAAUUUUUGAGCUCAAUCAAACUAUAAUAAUGGAUCUAUCACGAUAUCAAAAACUUGUUAGGUUGCGCAUAGGUUGUGAGAUGAAGAAGCUGCCUAAUGCUGAUGAAUUUCCACCUUACCUCAUCAAGCUAACAAUUGCAUAUACAAAGCUUGAGGAGGAUCCAAUGGAAGUAUUGAAGAAAUUACCCAAGCUCAAAAUCCUGAAAUUUGGACCUGAAUCCUACAAAGGCACAAAGAUGGAUUGUUCAGGAUCAUGCAGUUUUCUUCAGCUCGAAAUGCUGCAAAUUCGACACUUGUGGGAAUUGGAGAAGAAAAUUUGCGGAAAUACAGCAAAUAGAAAGUGUUACACAGCAACGUCAUUCAGGAAGACUACCAAGGCCAGAUCCCAAGUAUAUAGAGCAAUUUUCAGAACAGGUCUAAGUGGAUUAGCAGAAGAACAGGUCCAAGCUGGUCAGUAG